GGUGUAGUUUGACUUCAUGCAAUUUCUCUAAUCCAGACCAACAAACAGUCAUUCAAUGAACAGACAGCACGAUCAGAACUCGCUAGUCAAAUACUUAUUUUUACAGAACCUGUAUUAUCAGAUCACUCUCUCGAAGACGUGCUUCCAUGUCUCAAUCGAUGAAUCUGGUUAAUCCCCCUAGGGUACGCACUCUUUGCUAUUAAAGCUAAAGCUUUUAGUUCACAGGAAGGCAAGAAAUUCUGUUAAAAGAAGUGCAAAAAAUGGCUGUCUCUGUAUCCAGGAAGAAACCAAGAUGGUCCAAAAAAACACAGGCUAAUGAGCUUGGUUUCUUUUAUUCAUUUCUUGCAAGAAUUCUACUCAAACUGCCUGCAGCAGUUUUUCUCUUAGUUUUCAUCUACAUAUGGUCUUCUUCUACCACUGUUAUUUCUGGUAGCGUUGUGCACCUCUGUGUAUCGUCUAGGAAGCUCAGCAAUCUCUAUUGCCUUUCUGCUGGUACUCAACCCGGUUUUCAAAUCCCGGUUUCACUAGUCAACCAAAGUUCUUCCACAGUUAAUACUGGUGCAAAAGAAGUUGCUGAUUUUGAUGUCAAGAGUUUGGUUCCUACUCUCAGUGACAGUUCCAGUUUCAGAAAUGAAGGUGGAAACGGUGAAGAAACUAGUGAUUCUGACAAUGAAAGUUCGGUUGUUGCUGUCAAUGACAGCAGUGACAACGGUGGUGAUGCGAAAAUGUUUGAGGACGCUUUCAGGGAAGUCGAACAGCUGCUACAAGUGCAUCGUUCCUGGAUAUCAGAUUCAAGUAAUUCAACAUGUGAAGGAAGAGGGAUUUAUGUCUAUGACCUACCAACGAAAUUCAACAAAGACUUGCUAGCCCAGUGUGGAGAUAUGAUCCCCUGGGAGAAUUUCUGCAGAUUUCUCAGCAAUGACGCGUUGGGGGAGCCGAUACACAAGCUAGGCAGAGGCUGGCACCAUACUCAUCAGUACUCGUUGGAGCCCAUUUUCCAUGCGCGGGUUUUAAAGCAUCCAUGCAGAGUUUACGAUCAGAACGCAGCCAGGCUAUUCUAUGUGCCCUACUAUGGCGGGCUUGACAUCUUGAGAUGGCACUUCAAGAAUGUCUCGGACGAUGUAAAGGAUUCCUUGGCGCUAGACCUUGUAAGGUGGCUUGAAUCACAGGGUCCAUGGUACAGGAACUUAGGCAAGGAUCAUGUCUUUGUUCUUGGGAAGAUUUCUUGGGAUUUCAGAAGAAACGACAAGUCUUCAUGGGGUACUAGAUUGCUAGAGCUUUCUGAGAUGCAAAAUCCUGUCAAGCUCUUGAUAGAACGACAACCAUGGCACGCCAACGACAUCGGGAUACCUCAUCCAACGUACUUCCACCCUCAGACAGAUGAUGAUAUAGUCACAUGGCAGCUAAAAGCCAUUAAAUCAAAGAGGAGAAGCCUGGUGAGCUUUGCUGGUGCAGCAAGGCCUGGUUCGUCCGACAGCAUUCGGUCGGUACUAAUCGAGCAGUGCCUGUCAACGAGCAAUGACUGCAAGUUUCUGAAUUGCACAUCAGGACAAUGUGAUCGACCCGAGUCGAUUGUAGAGCUCUUCUUGGAGUCUGAGUUCUGCUUACAGCCUACAGGAGACAGUCCAACAAGAAAAUCGGUUUUCGACUCACUUGUUUCUGGCUGCAUCCCUGUGCUGUUUGAUCCCUUUACAGCUUAUUAUCAGUAUCCAUGGCAUUUUCCGGCCUCCCAUGAUAAAUACUCUGUUUUCAUCGACAAAGAAGAGGUGAGAAAGAAGAGUGUUGAUGUUGUAGAAAGGCUCAUGAAAAUCCCCGACAGGGAAAGGGAGAAUAUGAGGAGAUAUAUAGUUUAUGAACUGCUGCCUGGACUGGUUUAUGGAGAUCUCAACUCAAAAUUCGACAAGUUUCAAGAUGCAUUUUCAAUAAGCAUCAACAAUCUGCUUGCCAGAGUCGGCAGGUUGAAUGAUGUAUAAAGAUUAAGAAUACAAAAUACGUCCGUCGUAUGUUAUAGAGUAAUACACAAUUUUUAGUAAGUGGUAAUUACAUUUACCUGAUCUAUAAUGUAUUUACAUAAAUUUUUCUUACUUUUUGCAUAAUUAUAAAA